AUGAAAAUACUCCUAUCAUCAGAUGAAGUUAAUUUGAUUGUUUAUCGCUAUUUAGUAGAGAACGGAUUUAUCCAUGCUGCCUACGCUUUUUUUAAUGAAGCAAAUAUAUCGAAGAAUUCGUACUAUAUAAGUCAUGAUGAAAAGCUGCCAUGCCAUGCCUUGGUAACCUUCUUGCAGAAGGCACUGGUAUUUAUAUUUAUAGAGUACCAUACCGAAUAUAACAAUGCGAGAAUUUCCUGUAGGGAACCCUUUUCCCUUUUCAGAAGACAUGAAUGUUGUACUGAGGCACAGGAUUUAUCAGAGGAACAGGAAAACAAAACAGAAAUUCUGGAGAAUGAGAAAAACACCAGCAAUAAUUUAAACAUAUGCACCUCGAGUAGCAAAACGAUUGGCAAUAAUAAUAAUAAUAAAAGUUAUUUGCCUAACGGUGUCAGCUUGAGUGACUUGAAAAAUGAUCCUUGCAUUAACAAUGUUAAUGACCAUGACCCCAAAGGUGCUAAUGCUAAGAAGAAUGCUGUUAGCAAGAAAGGUGGUGCGAAGGCUGACAAGGAGGAGGAAAACGGGAAAGCCAAUGAGGAUAGCAACAAAAAUGUGAACCAAGUUGGUGAUGGGAAUGGUAAAGACACCAAUAACAACAGUAACAAUAACACAAAUGAUAAUAAUGCCACGAAGGCGAAAACGAACUCGAAGCCCAGCAUUUACAGGAGCAGCUUUUCAAACUUUGCCUCUUUAAACUAUAACGACAGCAAUAUAUCUUUUAAGGAUAUCAAGAGGAAUUACGCGAACAUUUUCGCGCAAGGAAAAAAGUCCAAGAAAAGCUCUUCAAGUAAGAAGAAUAAUAGCAGUAACAACAGCAGCAGUAAUAAAGUCAACAACGACAAGAACAGUGAGGCAGCCAGCGGUCAUAACAACAAUGCUGGGGGAAGUAGUAAAAAAAACGGCACUGCCGCUAGUAGCAAUAAAACAGAGGAAAAGGAAUCCAAGGAGAAAUACGAACCGGAUGAUAUCAGCAGUAGUGGCAAUCAAAGAAAGAAAUCAAAAGUUAUGAAAAUUGUAAGUACAUCCAGUAAGGCGAAUGAAGAUCAGAACGGCAAAUGUAACAACAUCAGUGAUAGCAUCCUUUCCGAUGAUAAAGGAAAGGAGCAUAAUGACGUAUCCUAUAUGAAGGAGGAUAACGUUCAACCUAAUAAGCAAAAUAAUGCAAAGAAGGACAAUAACGUAAAUAACAACAUUAAAAAAAAUAAUGUAAACACAUCAAGUGGUAAGGGAACAAGCCUGAUCAAUAAUAACAACCAUAGCAAUGGGAAGAAAAAGGAGUUAAGUGGUGGGAGCGCAGGUCAAAAUAGCAGUUCCUCAAAUAAUAAAAAGAAAAAAAUGAUAAAAGAAAGUACAUCCACUAAUUCAACAAACAAUAGCAAGAAAACGAUAAAAAAUUCAUUAAAAAAGGAGAAAAAUGAAAAGGUUAAUAAGAGCGUUACAUCAAAACAGAAAAAAAAUAACAGACAAGACGAAGACGAUGAGGAUGGCGAUGAUGAAGUGUCUGAUGAAAAUUCAGAAGAGGAUUCCGAAUUUUCCAAUGACAAUCAAGAUUAUAAUAAUGAAAAUGUUUGCAAUGCCCCUUUGAAGGGCAGCACCAAUAAUUCUGCGCACACGAGGGAUAAUCCCUCAAGCAGUUCUAUUAACAAUAACGUAACUGUGGACGAUAAAACGAAUGAUGAUACGUAUGUCAAUUUUAAGAAAAGUAGCAGUACGAAUGUCAUUUCGAAUAGUUCUUCACAGAAUUCUACCAUCGACGGGGCUAAAAAUGAAAUCAAUAACUCCCAUAUAACGCAUUAUGAUGGAAAUAUACAGGACUAUGCAUUAGCGAGUGAAAAAUCUUUGAAUGGGAAUCAUUCAAAGGAUAAAGCUAUGCUAAAGGGGGAAUGUGAUCCUCCCGAGGUGGAAGCAAAAGAAGGCAUUAAUUCAAAUAAAAAUGAAUUUAAUUUCAGUUUUGCAAAUUUUCUAAAUAAGAAAAUAAGUUCUAUUUUUAAUAGCAGCUGCGAUAAUGAUGCAUUAAAUGGGGAUAGUCAUAAUACGGAUAGAAAUAACGAAAGUUGCAAGGGUAAUAGCAACGACAGCACUGUAAAGGAUGGCUCGAACAACGAACAGGUCCUGCCGCACGAUGAGGAAGAUCCUCCACCAAGUGAACCGUACGAAAGCGUCAACAAUAGUAAAGACCGGUACAACAAAUUUAGCCAAAAGAGCAAGCUGAUAAAGGCUGAAUAUAUGGAGGCUAAGUACGAAAAGGAACAUCUCGCAAGAGAACAAACGAACCAGGCGGAAGAUGCAGCAGGGGCAACAGGGGAUGUGGGGGCACCUGCGAGGAAACAAAAAAGACCAUACGAUUACAACAGUGAUAUGAAAGUCCAAGGGGGAGGAGAUUCACACCAAAUCGAAGGACACGAAAAUGAUAAAAUAUGUGUAGAGGAAAAAAAAAGAAAGAAGUAUUCCAUUUAUGAAGAAAAUUAUAAGAACGAAGUGAACAAAGAAUUUUUUAAAAAACUAACGCAGACAUCGGCAAUGAAGGGGGAUAACAAAUGUAAAGGGAAUGGUGCAGUGGGUAUGAAGGAGGAAAAGGAAGAUGGACAUGGUAGGGGAGUAGAACAAGAGGGAGUGGACGGUGAAUUGGGAGGAGCCGAAAGUGGUGACCUGCAGCACCAUGGGGAUGAUGGAAAUGCGGAAUUGGUUAAGGCAAAAGUAAGUGGACAUAAUGAAAUAUCGUUUAAUAAAUUUGGUAAAAAUUAUUAUAAUAGAAGCCCUAGUACUGCCAACGGGGAUGACCACGAAGCGUAUGAUAUGAUGGAUAAAAGUCCACUUGGAGAGGAGAAUUUUUUAAUAACAAACGAAAAGCAAAACAGUACGCAUGUGCACACUGCGGUGGAGGUAGAUGAAGAAAGGACCAAAAAUUGA